AUGCUCGGUGGAUUCCUCUUCGCCUCAUGGCGUAUCUUCCAGCUUGUGACGCUGAUCCCGGUCAUUGGCAUGCUGGCAUGGUUUGUCGAUGGCUACAAUAACCAAAACCUGCUCACCCCGUCGCCCAUCCUUGUCCUCUUCAUUGUCUCUGUCCUUGCUGCCGCCUGGGCCUUGGCCACGGUUGUUCGACUGGGAUCAACCCGACGAUCCGCUCUCUUCGUCGCGUUCAUCGAUCUAUGCUUUGUAGGCGCAUUCAUAGCCGCCGUAUACUACCUACGCCGCAUCGACGAUACCGACCAUUGCAACCACUUUGAAAGAUCUCCACUUUAUGGUCAGCUCACAAUCUUCGGAUUCCAGGGCCGACAGCAGGGCUUGUCAUAUGCGCGAGAUCUCAAGAAGAAUUGCAGCAUGCUGUAUGCGUCGUGGGUUUUUGGCAUCAUCAAUGUCAUCACCUUCUUCGUCACUUUCGUGCUCGCUCUUUUCCUUCACCGGCACAAUCGGACGGUUUAUACCAAGGAGGUCCGCAGGUCUUCGAGACACAGCAGUCGCAGAGGUCACUCGCACUCGGGCUCGCGGAGGAGCAGCAGCCGUCGCAGGUACUAUGUGUGA